AUGGCUUUGGCUGCCUCGAAAGCUGUGGCCAAGGUCGGUGCUCUGGGUGGGGCGGUGUACUACAGCAUCUGCAAGGGGGUAUGGAGUUCGUCUGCAGAGGGUGCUGAGGCAUAUGAGGAUUUGAAGACGUAUGUGGUUCCCCAGGUGUCGGAGGCCGUUCAAAAGCUGCCUUACGAGGUCUGUGUCAAGUGGAAUGAGUGUGUGAAGUCGUCGUUUUCGCGUUUGGGGUCGUUCUCAUCGACUGCGGUCUCUGAUUACGUUGAUGAGGCGUUAAGGAAGACUGGAAUACGUAGCGACUAG